AUGGCACCAAAAAUACAAAAUGUGGCACUCGCCGGUGCAACCGGCAAUGUGGGCAGAUGGGCUUUGAAAGCCUUGGUCGCAGAUAGCUUCAACGUGACUGUUUUGGCUCGCAAGCAAGGAUCUUUUCCUGAUGGAGUCACAGUCAAGGUGGUUGACUUCAAUUCCCCAGAUGAUUUGAUAGAGGCAUUGAAGGGCCAAGAGGCUUUUGUGGAUUGCACACUGGUUCAUGACGAUACUCCAACGCGACUGGUUGACGCCGCAGCCGCCGCAGGAGUGUAUCGCUACAUCCCGUCGGAUUUUAGCUUGGACUUCAACAACCGCAAUGUCCACGGACUUCCUGUUUUCUUUAAGAAAGACCAAAAUGACAAGUAUCUCCUCAAGAAGUGCGAGGAGAGUGGCAUGACCUGGAGUGUCAUCUGCAAUGGCCCGUUUUUGGACUGGAAUCUGCGUUCCAGCUUCAUGAAUAUCGACAUUUACGAAAAGAAGGUCAACUACAUCAAUGAUGGCAGCAACAUUCAUGUUUGGACGACACUCGAGACAGUCGGCAAAGCGGUUUCCGGAACCCUACUGCAUCCCGCCGAGACCGAGAACAGGCCGAUCUACGUUCACUCCAUCAACAAGAGCCAGAAACAGUUGGCUGAUCUCUGUAAGGAGGCUUUGGGAUCCAGCGGCUGGGAAGAGUCAAAUUCGGAUAUGGAACAGGUCCUUGCAGAGGCUUUGAAGGAGUUCACAGCUGGGAAUUAUGGAUGGAAUGUCUUCGGCGAUAUGAUCCGGUACGCAAACUCGAGGCCGGAUUUAUCGUGUCCUUGGCCCAGAGAUGACAAUCCGAUGUUGGGUGUGAAAGUAAUGACCGAUGAUGAGGUGAAAGAUCUGGUCAAAGCAAUUUUUGCUGAGAAAAACACCUAA